AGGCUGGAUUUUGAAGUACCGCGCGGAGAGGGAGCCCUAGAAUUUUGGCUUAGUGACUACAAUGUGGGGGCACGUGGGUAAACGCUUCAGGGCUGGUUAUGUAGAUGAUAUAUGGCAUAUGAAGAUGAUGUGUUAGUACUCUCGCAGACCUCUGGGCUUGAUUUAACUCAUCUGAAAAGCUGUAUGGGUGCCCCAGAGCGGAGGAGGGCUCAAGGUCCCGGGGGCUGUUCCUACAUCCAAAUGGCGAUUAAAAUAAGCAUAGAAGAGUUUGAUAGAUUGUAGAAUGCCAACAAGGAAACAUUUCAACAUCUUCUGUGGAACUAGGAGCUCUGGAGACCCAAGUUCUCAGGAGUUACAAAUGAAGAGACCUCUUUGUGAAGGAGUCCAGAUGUCUAAGAAGAAAUAUGUAAUAUGCUGAUGCUUCCUGCCUAAAAGUAUGAUUUAAGUCUGGAUGAAAUGAGAGCUUUGACCUUUCAGAGAGUGAAGUUUAUCAUGGGGCUACCUCUGUUAAAACGUGCCAUUCAGGAACAGGCAGAGAAAACAAGGAAUUUUGUCAGUCGAAGCCUGGUCAUAGGAGAAGUCCUCUCCAUAGCGGACAUGGCCACAGGAGUAAAGUGUGGAAUAAUUUAUUGGCUAUUUGGUGGUGCUGUCAGGAACCUUGGAAGCCCAGAACAUGUCACUAAGUGGCUUCAGCCACUCCAGGAGCAGAAAUACACUGGGAUGUUUGCAAUGACCGAGAGGGGCCAUGGGAGCAACGUGAGAGGGAUCCAGACCGAAGCCACCUUUGACCUCUCUGCACAGGAGUUUGUGAUCAACACGCCAUGUGAAAAUGCUGAGAAGAUGUACAUUGGAAAUGCGAUGUAUGGGAAUUAUGCCGCAGUCUUCGCUCAACUCAUCGUAAACGGAAGAUCGCAAGGGCCCCACUGUUUCAUCGUUCCCAUCCGCGAUGAAAACGGAAGCUUGUACCCAGGAGUGACAGCUAUUGAUAUGAUGUACAAGGAAGGUCUGCACGGUGUGGAUAAUGGGAUUUUAAUAUUUCACAAGGUUCGGAUACCAAGGGAGAACCUGCUGGAUAAGUUUGGUUCUGUGGCUCCAGAUGGGCAGUACCAUUCCCCUAUUAAGAACAAGAGUGCAAGAUUCAAUGUGAUGCUGGCAGCGCUGACCCCUUCGAGAUUAGCUGUGACUUUCCAAGCUAUGGGUGCCAUGAAGCUUGGGUUGACGAUAGCCAUUCGCUACAGCCACAGCCGGAGGCAGUUUGGGCCUAAAGCCAAGGAAGAAGUCAAGAUCAUUGAGCACCAAACACAGACCCUUCGGCUGAUGCCUCACCUGGCCACAGCUUUGGCCUUGACCUUCGCCAGCAGGUAUGCUGGGGUCCUCCUGGACGAGGACAUCUUCCGUGGGAAGGAGCUCGUGGACAGUCGCCCGCUGCAGGCGCUGGUGGCGGGGCUGAAGGCCUACAGUACCUGGGAGAACGUCAGCUGCCUGCAGGACUGCCGCGAGUGCACAGGAGGCAUGGGUUACAUGAUGGAAAACCGAAUCUCAGGCCUAAAAUGCGACACAGAUGUGUUUGUGACUUUUGAAGGUGACAAUGUUGUUAUGCUGCAGGUUGUGGUGCGGGAACUGCUGGCUCAAUACACCAAAGAGCAUAAAGAGAAGCCACUUUUCAGCUGGCUCCGAAACUGCGCUGAAUCUGGGAGUGACAAGCUGAGAACCAGCUUCCUGGCAUUUAACAUGGACACAGUCGAUAAUCUUGCCUUUCUGUUGAAAGCAGUGAAUUUUCGUGAAAGGGUUCUUCAGCGGAGUUUGGUGGCCAGAAUUUAUUAUAAGGUGAUGACCAAGAAAGAGGACUUUUUCAGUGCCUGGAACUCGUGUCUUCAUCAUGUUGCCUCCCUGUCUCUGGCACACAUCCAUAGAGUUACGUUAGAGCAGUUCUGCCUGGCAGUGAGGAGCUGUCCUGACCAAGAGGACCAGUCUUUGUUCAUGAAGUUUUGUCUGUUAUAUGGAACCAAGCUGGUGUUCCAGGAGCGAGCCUGGUAUCUAGAACAUAAAUUUUUGACUCCCAUGGCCAGCACGAGGAUUAGGAGUCAGUUGCUGGAUUUGUGCGACACGGUGAAGGAUGAUGCCCUGAGGGUGAUCUCUGCCUUUAACAUUCCACACACCUCCCUCCACGCACCAAUCGCAGGAAUCACCAAUGCGCAGGCCGCCUGGGCCUUCUACCCAGCACCGCUGCAACCCGAGCCCCGAGAAGGGGCGCGCUUUCAGCCGCCCAAGCUGGAAGCCAAGUUAUAGCGGGCGUGGUGCGAAGGGUGGUGGCUCGCUCGCAGCUGCCACGACACUAGCUUCUCUGACGCCUGGAACUGGGGCCAAGGCCGGCCUGGCAUGCGCUGGGCCUCGGCCCUCGGGGAUUUGGGUCGCAGAGCAGGCAGGGUUCUCACCGAGGCUGGCGAGAUGCGCGAUGGGCUGUUGGGAAAGGGAGCCAGGCGGCAGCCCGGAACACAGGGCUUUAUUAUGUAACCCCGCCGGCCGGCAGCAACCUCUCCCAGCUUCCGCGCUGGAUCUCCCUAGACACUGGACUCCCCUGCGAACGCGCCCCACACCCGGGUGCCACCAAAGGUCUCCAGAGGUCAGUGAUGACUCAGAUUUACAGUGAUUUUGGAAAACGCAUUGGCGCUGCGUGAAAAAAAAAAAAAUCAAAGCAUAAAAAUCAAACACUCGCGGGCAAAGUUUCAGUUCAGCAAGCGAUGCUUUUCCAGUGAAUCAGAACCCCUUGGGGGUGUUAGAGGAAACGCACAGACUGGAAAAGGGGAGUGUGCGCCUGGUGUUUUGCUCUCGGCAGAGCACGAACUCCGGCUUGUCCUCCCAGGCAGGCGGCUUCCGGACCGUAAGACAAGUGUUCACAGGGUCGCUAAAGCAGACGACGCGGGGGCGGCGGAGCUGCACAAGACCAGAUGACAACCACUGGGGUUUUCUUCUGCGUGGUUCUUUUCCUGUCCCUGUCUGCAUCGCCCAACCCCACGGAGAGCUCGGAGCACUCGGGCGGGUUUGGGGCUCCCAGCCGGCGCCGUUCUGUCCACCCCCCCCCCCCCCGGGUGCUAGGCCGGGCGGCUAAGGCUUGGAGUUCACCGGAGCCCACCUAAGGUCGAGGGCAACCGCUCCGAGACACCGUCAGGGUAGACAUCCAGCCUCUGCGUCCACUUCGCCGCGUCCAUGCCCUUGUCCUUUCCCUCCUGCAACGAAAUCCCCGGGCAGAACCCGGCGUGCGUCCUUGAGUCGCCCCAGGAACCCCUGGCCUCCUACACCUCGCUCAGGACUCGCCAGAGGAUGCGCUGAGGAAUUGUUUAACCAGGGGCUGUGCUGUCUUCCCGACGUUCCAUACCUGCUUAUGCAGCAUAAAACACUGAUCGAGGUGGCCAACAGCGGGACAACGCCUCGCUGAUUUGCUCCUCUGCAACUGAGGACCCUUCCUUCUUGGUUCCUGGGAGGGAGAGACUUUAGGGGAUCCUUAACUUGGGUUUCUCUAUUCCAUCUAACCAGCUCUCCCCCGUGACAGGAUGUUCCAUCUCCCGACCGACCUUGCCCCCACUCCCGGCUGCGGCUGUCUCCUAGCCUGGGGAGCGCAGGAGGGG